AUGAACAAAGCUUAUGAUCGCUUGGAGUGGGACUUUAUCGAAUUGGUACUUAAGGCCUUUGGGUUUCAUUCAAAAUGGAUCAAGCUGGUUAUGGAAUGCAUCAACUCUACUUCCUACCGAUUUAAAGUGAAUGGGAUCUUGUCCAAUAAAAUCAUUCCAGGCAGAGAUGAUUGCAUUAUAUUGGCAGAGGCUAAUGUAGAAGAGGCAUACCAAAUAAUCUCCAUCCUCAAUGAGAAUACAAAUGCAUCAGGUCAGAGAAUAAACCUCCAAAAAUCAGGAAUUACUUUCGGAAAACAAGUACCUUUGCAAGCUAGAGUAAAUAUAGAGGAGGUGAUGGGAAUGAGUGCAUGGGAUAAUCCGGGAAAAUACCUGGGUCUACCGGCACAUUGGGGGAGGGCAAAAAGUAGUGCUUUGAGCUGGAUAGAAGAGAGAGUGACAAACAAAUUAGAGGGAUGGAAAGAAAAUUUGUUGAACCAGGCCGGGAAAGAAAUCCUCAUUAAAGCAGUUGUUCAAGCCAUACCCGCAUAUGCCAUGAAUGUAAUCCUGUUUCCUAAAGGGUUUUGCAGUAAACUUAGUGCCGAAGUAGCAAAAUUUUGGUGGGCGACUAAUGAAAGGAAUCGGGCAUACAUUGGAGAAGAUGGGAGAAAAUAUGUGAGAGCAAAAAAGAAGGGGGCCUUGGAUUCAAGGACUUCCAUCAUCAGAAUCUUGCUUUUUUGGCAAAACAAGCAUAGAGAAUUUUGGAGAAUCCAGAAGCAGUUUGGGUCAGAAUUCUGA